GCAACUGACCUUCUUAUGGACCCUCUUCAUCCUGAUUGUGAUUGGAAACGGCUGUGUCCUGAUCACGUUAAUGUUGUCGAAGAACAGAAAAUCUCGGAUGAAUUUCUUCAUCAUGCAACUUGCUCUGGCUGAUCUCCUUGUUGGUUUCAUCCAAGUACUAACAGACAUCAUCUGGAGAACCUUUGUGGAUUUCUAUGGUGGAAAUGCUGUUUGUAAAAUAGUUCGCUACUUACAAGUUUUAGUUAUGUAUUCGUCCACUUAUGUUUUGGUGGCGCUGAGUAUCGACCGGUAUGACGCCAUUACACAUCCAAUGAAAUUCUCCGGAGGCUGGAAACGAGCUAAAACCCUUAUUGGUUCUGCAUGGGGAAUAAGUGCCCUAGCGGCGAUUCCAGCAAUUUUUUUGAAUGAAGAAUCCUUAAUUAAAGGACGACUACAGUGUUGGAUUGAGUUGGAAAACUGGCAGUGGAGACUCUACAUGUCCCUGGUGGCGAUCUCGCUGUUCUUCCUUCCAGCGGUUCUGAUAUCUGUGUGUUACACAGUCAUCGUGAGCACCAUCUGGACCAAGAGUAAAGCCCUUAACUACCCUAAAACCAGAGGAUCGAAAGAGACACCUGGUAGACAUAGCGAUGACUACGAGGCUGUCAGCAAGAGAGCCAGUUCCAGAGGAAUUAUUCCCAGAGCCAAAAUCAAGACCGUAAAAAUGACGUUUGUUAUUGUUUUUGUGUUCAUCUUAUGCUGGAGUCCUUACUUUAUCUACGACCUUCUCCAGGUUUUUGGAUACUUUUCUCUUAACCAAACUAACAUUGCAAUCUCAACAUUUAUUCAAAGUCUGGCUCCAUUAAACAGUGCUGCUAACCCUUUUAUUUACUGCAUUUUCUCCACUCGUCUGUGUCGUACGUUAAGCUUUUCUUGCUGUCGCUGGUUUUCUCAGCCAAGUCAUAUUUGUCGUUCGAGAUCGAAGCGUCCUCUACGAUCUGAUACAGUCAGUCGAACUUCACGUUCCACAACAACAACAAGUGAAAUUCUUCUGAGGUCAUCAAGGCUUUCGACAACCCGUCAGGUGUCUUUAACAGCACAGCCCUCUGUCUCAUUGUGUAUGAAGGAUAUUUCCAAGGCAACUAACAACGGAGAAAAGUACGGAGCAGCCUCAAGAGUCUUCACAACCGUCACUGAGAUAACACAUCACGGAUAUACAUUUUAAAAUAUGGCAGAAAAUGUAAUAGGGCCUUUGUUAUUUGUAAAACAACAACACAUAACAAUGUGGGCCAGUUGAAAACGUAUAAUCAAUACGGCCCGGCAUGACCAGGUGGUUAGGGCGCUCGACUCGCAAUCUACGGGUCGCGGGUUCGAAUCCCCGU